AUGAUCUAUCAGUCGAACCAUCAAGCACCCACGAUGUCAUCUACUAAGAAAACAUCGCCCAGACUGCAGCAUCGCAAUCUGCAAGCGUUCCCGGGCAAGUGUGCAAGGACGAAGCGAGCAAACGAUCGGACGAUCAACGACGAGAGAUGCAAAGGGAGAUGCAGGGUACAGUGGAGCGAAAAACACGUGAAGGAAGGCUUGGUCCUCGUCCAGGAGACGCAGCUCGCCAAAGUAGUCAAGACGGAACCCAUCACGGAACGCUACGAGAUUGGUUCAACACCGUUUGCGAGCGGUCAGUGGGCAAAAGUCUAUCGCUGCAGAUCGCGAUCAACUGGUAUACCUUACGCAGCCAAGUAUUCGUCUAGAAAUCGAUUCAACGCCGAUUGCAGCGCGGAACUGAGACACGAGAUCGCCUUGUUAUCCCUAUGUUCGCAAUCGCCACGUGUUGUCCGGCUACACGAUGUUUACGAGACGCCAAAGGAAAUUAUUUUGGUCAUGGAAUACGCGCCCGGAGGUGAUCUGCAGACGCUCAUCGAUGGCGAUUUGGUGCCUCUCGAAGGUGACGUCGUACAUUUUGUGCGGCAGCUAGUGGAAGGACUCGUCUACCUCCACGAGAGAAAUAUCGCCCAUUUGGACAUCAAGCCUCAAAAUCUGGUCAUGAUGGGUUCCUUCCCGGAUUGCGAUGUUAAAUUGUGCGAUUUCGAAAUCUCGAGAGUUAUUCUCGAGGGCACUGAGGUACGCGAGAUUCUUGGCACGCCGGAUUAUGUGGCGCCCGAAAUACUGCAUUAUGAACCGAUCACGCUGGCAGCCGAUAUGUGGUCACUCGGUGUCACAACUUAUGUAUUGCUAACAGGCUUCUCGCCUUUCGGCGGCGAAACCGACCAGGAAACUUUUCGGAACAUAUCCUUGGGGGAGGUGGAUUUUCCCGAGGAAUUGUUCGAGGAUAUCUCGGCGCAGGCAAAGGACUUUGUCGCGAAGCUCUUGGUGUUAGACCCGAGUGCACGAAUGACAGCGAAGCAAUGCCUGCGCCACGAUUGGCUACGCGGUGCCCCGAUGCAAGCGUCGCCUCAUCUACGAAGAUAUCUGUCCAAGUCGCGUGAAGUUCUCCUGGAACGAGUCGUUAGUCGGGAGAAUCUGAGACGAGCUGCGCUGAUAAGUCAAACAACUAGCCAGGCAAGUCUCUGCCAGGCGGAUCUCCAGAACGAUCAGAAUUCUCAUCAGCAGCAUCAUCAACAGGGGCAGUUGCAAGACUGCCUACUGAGUCAGAGCGAAAUGUGUUUGACUCACCAUCUCACGGAAAGCCGUUUAAGUUUGGCGGGUAGCGAGGAAUUUCCUAGCCCGGUAGAUUCUCAGGUCAGCUUAGAGUCUUCCAGGACCAACUUGAGUUACGCGAGUCAGAGUUGUCUGUUGAAUCAAGAGCAGACGAAAGGAUUAUUGAGUAAAGCUCAGAGCCGGUCCCAGGCUAAUUUGAAUCAAGGUCUGAGCCGCGGAAUACUCUCGAGGAUACGCAGUCUGAAUCGCGUUCAGUCUCAGGCGUGUCUGCUGAAUGGAUCUGCGGCGAUCGGUUACGAGGAGAUUGCCGCAAUGAACCUUGUUAUCAGUAAAUCUCGCGAGAAACUGUAUGGCUUGAGAUCCUUGUCGAAAUCCCAGGGUGUCCUGGAUAUUUACAAAAGCCUGGAAUGCCUGAAGCGUCGAAGGAAGAGUUACCAACGCGCCAAAACCGAAGAUAUGCUCUCAAUUUUAAAGCAAUUCAGCGCUGAGAUCGCGUCCUCCAGACUUGUACCGUCAAUGAGCGAUGAUCGUAUAGUUACUAAUGUAACAUCAAAGACUGAUUUAAUAUCCGAUAAGAUUGAGAAAAUUAAUCAAGAUAUACCAACAAUUGUGUCGACGAAUCCAAAGAUACCGAGUGGUUUCAACGAUGAUAAUCGAGAUAACUUGUACAUGUCAUCGAAUAACACGAAACGUGAAGCAAAGAAUAUAGAUGAAUUACAGAUCCCGAAGAAGCUCACCUCGGAAUCUGAAGAGAAUCUAGAUUCCUUAAAGUCAGUCGAGUCGGACACCUUGACGGAAGAUUCCGAUGAGAUGCCGUUGAGACGCGAGGCGAAACAUGAUAGUUUAGUUAACAAACACCAUUGCGAACGUCAAUAUUCUAACGUUUCUAGCCAUUCCAAUAAUUCAGCAAUGUCCGAUGAUAAGGAGGAUCGUUCGACGGAAUCGGAAAACGAUGAGCCAAAAUAUACGGUGGCGCAGCUGGUCUCCGCAUUCAACAAACACCAGGAGGUCGCUUCGAGGACGAGCCUGAAAGCAAUCAUGUCCGAGAGACGAAUUAACGAGGUAAUAUUCCCGACCGGCACGAAAGCUUUACGUCUCUUUAUCCCGGACAUUAACAUCACUGAAAAUAAGAUCGUCAGACGAAAGACGAGCUAUAAGCCGCGAAAGAAUUGGGAGGAACUUAGAAAACGCAACGAGAAAAACGAAGGUGUUUUAAAGAAUCGUGAUAACGAGGGUGUUGAUAAUAAGACUUGGAACGAGCUCAGCGAGCGAAAAGAGAAUCAGGAAGAUUCUGUGAAGGUUCUCGAAGAGAAUGUUGCUACUAUUUCAGAGUUAAUCAGUCAGAAUGAAGAUACGAAUUUACCUUUGGAUCAUUGCUCGCUUUUGCAGUCUGAAGAGGGUAAUGAACAGUCCUUUAUCGAUACCAUAAAUACUGGAAGCAAUCUCGAUAUCACGAUAGAUGAAAAAUAUAAACAGUGCGUGAAGGGUGCUAUGUCUGGCAAAAUUGAAACGUCUGCAAAGAAUCAAAAGCGAAAUCUAAAACCAUUAGAAACGCAACAUAAGAUUACUAUUUCAAUUCGCCAAAAGGAGAGAUUGCCUAAUUAUAUAUAUCCAGACGUAACUUUGAAAGAUGACAAUCACGAAGUGCCUAAAAAAACAUCUGUCAUCGCGACUAACGGAAAAUCCGGAUCUAGAAUCGGAUCUAAGAUUGAACGAAAUAAAUCAAAUUGUGGCACUACAAAUGUAAAUCUCAAAGAUAUUUUGCAGCGGGUAGACAGUUUCAAAAAUACUCCUAAAGAAAAUUUAGAAAAUCUCAGAAAGAGAACGUCGAUCGCGAAGAUUAUCUUGAACGACAAUCUUGUCCAUGAUAAUCAAGACGGUUAUGAGACGAGUUCUUGUGCGAAGAAUGAACCAUCGUUGACCGACAGACAACCGGAAGAGCGAACGAAGCUGACGGUUCCGCCAUCCUUUAUCCGAUCCUCCUCUUUGUCGAGCGACAGCAGUUGCCCCACGCCAUCCAGCAUGCAAUCCGAUAUAAAUGUAUCGUCGUGGGAGGACGUCCAAGUCGCUGCGGGUUCAAGCACAUCUCUGGAAAAAGAAGACGUUUGCAGAGUCGCGAAAAAGAGUGAUAUCCAGGGGACGUUCAGCGAGGGAAGAAACAGACAAUAUACGGAAGAACGAAAAGGGGUCUGGGGUCGGAUCUGUACCGGCUCUUACAUCAGAGCCAUGGAAAAGUUUAGCGGCAAAAAUGUAGACGCUGCGAGGAAGUCAACAGGUUCAACGAUUCUCGCGGAACAGACGGAAAAAACCAGACGGAAAAGCAGUUCCGCGAUGCCGCGAAUUAUAUAAAUCUUUAAGUAUCUUCACCUUUAGAUGAUUGCUGUUUAAAGUAUAAUAUGCAAAAGCAUUUCGAACAUUGCAAAGUCUAUUUUAUGUUCCUGAAGAAAUGCAAUCCUUCAUUUGCAAUGCGACGUGGAACGGAAGAGAGUGAGGAUGAAGAUUGAUCGAUAUCUUUUUUCCGGAGUAUCUUAAUCGCGCGGCAAGAUGGAAGAUAAUGCUCUUGCGAUCUUGAGAAGCGUAACCAUGAGCAAGGACCUUGGGCAUUAGAACUCCGUUAUAACGCCGCAUGCCGAUCGGAAUGCAGAUACGCGUGUCAGCGCGUUUCUAUUGAUGAGACAGCCCGUUAGUUAUUAACAUCCCACUCGAUCGAGUAUCGAUCAGUGCAUUGAUCGAUAACAAUACACGAAUAAUAUCGAUGCGUAAUAAGACGAUAAUGUUUUUAAA